CAGUCGUACGUCUACAUCGUCUGUGGAGUAUAAAUUAUAUAAUCAAAUAUUCUGGGGUCUUUGGGGAAGAGAUAUAUAAUAUAGGGGUCGGAGAAAUAAUAGACCGAGUAACAAAACAACCCAACGCCUCCAUCGGUCGUCUUUCACCCGAAAGUAUUCAACAAUAAUCAACAUCUAUCGCUCCAGCAUCAGAUUCUGUAUAUCAUGAGUCGUCCGCAGGGACCUCACAGACCCUUUUUCCCGUUCGGAAAUCCGUUCCGGAGGAUACUACCCAAUGGCUCAAACAUGUCUCAAAGGCUUCAUUCUUUGUUGAAAUCCUUCGAGGAGUCACUGGCUUUGAAGCUUAAAAACCUCAUUCCUGAAAGCAUAGAUGGCUUCAUCAGCUUAUCCUGGUUCCAGAAAGCUAUUGUCACACUUUCCGAAAUCCACGGAGACACGAAAGAACUCAUAACCGCGCUCGAAUUUCCUGUUUCAGAUUGGGACGAGAAGUGGAUCGACGUCUACCUGGAUAACAGCGUGAAAUUACUUGACAUUUGCACCGCUUUCAGCUCGGAGAUCACAAGGAUCAACCAAUCCAACCUGUUUCUCACGUGCGCCGUUCAUUACCUUGACGGCGGUGAAGAAGAGAAGCUUCCCCAGGCGUGUUUGUCGUUGCAAGAGUGGGGUCCGCGCAUUAGCGGUCAAAACCCUAGAUUGGGUCGUUGCUUUGACAUAUUGAACCGCCUGACGGAAAGUCUGAACUUGCCCAAGAUUAAAAGGUCCGAGAAAGGAAAAGUUUUGAUGCGAGCUAUGUACGGUGUACGGACUGCUACCAUUUUCGUCUGCAGUGUAUUUGCUGUUUCCUUCUCCGGGUGUGUGGAGAAGCUGAAGGAGUUGGAGAUCAGUGAGAGUUGUUACUUGUGGGCGGAUAAUUAUACCCAUCUCCAAGAUCUCAUUAACAAGGAAAUUAGGAAGGUAUAUUCCAGUGGCAACCAGGGGACGGCUUUGAGGGAACUUGAGGAUGUUCGUGUUAGUGUCGAGAAGUUAUGUCCCCUAAUUCGCGAUGGUGGCGGCGGCAGCAGCAUGUUUCGGGAGGAAACAUUGGGUUUGGCCGUGGCGGUGGGCAGGCUGUCCGAAGGACUUGAUGGUUUGGCAAAGGAAGUAGAUGGGUUCUUUCAGAUUGUUCUAACGGGACGUGAUGCUUUGCUUUGUAAUCUUAGAGUUGGGGAUGAGAAUGGAAGCCCGACGCAAGGGAAUACCAUCAAUGUAGAGCGGUCAACGUCGAGGUGACCUCUUAUCCUUGGUGCAUUUAUUUAAGAACGGAUGUAGUAUGUGUUACGGUUCUCCGUUACUGUGUUGGUAUGUGUCAGUGAUGUAAAAGUUGUCAUUUGUAGUUUGAUAGUAGUUAGUGUCCCAAUGUUUGAACUUUGAUGUAUGAGGUUAUCUAAAGUGACGCUUUGUUGAAGCUUGUUAUUACUGUUUGUAUAUAUUAUUAUUUUUUACUUGAUUAAAUGUUUUUGCAUCAUUUUGGAAGACUAGA